GCAUGAACAUCAUCUGAACAUAUCUCCUUCGCCGACCCAUUCUCUCCGCUCUUCGAGCAUCCAACGGAGCAAUUUGUCAACAAUGUUACUCACGCACCGGAGCGUCCGUGUAAUCUUGCUCAGACGGAGAAAAUAUUAAU